UGAGGUACUAAUAUGCACUCUUUGUUACUAAUAUUUACCUCUGAGGUACAAAUAUCCACUCUUGUGGUAAAAGUGUAGUUACCAUGGUCUUUUGGUUUUAACUAUAGUAAAACCAUGGAUGAUUUUUGUAAGGGAAUAUGUACCUCUGAGGUACCAAUAUGUGCUCUUAAGCUACUAAUGUGCGCCCGGUACCAAUAUGUACCUCUGUGGUACCAAUUUGUGCUCUUUGAUACCAAUAGUACAGUAGACAAAAGUAAAGUUCAAACUGAAUAGUUUUGGGUUUAACACCUGUUCCCACUUUAUAUUUUGAGCCACUUCUGUGGAUGUGAUCUGAUAAAGGUUAAGGCCUAAAAUAUAAAUUAUUCUGAGGGACACAAGGUUGCGGGUUAAGGUAAUUUCACUCAGAAAGCCACUUUCUCCUUCAUGAAAUUGCUGAAAUGUUCUUGAACUUUACGUCAGACUGAAACACAAGAGUCAUUAAACUAAUAUUUUCAUAUGACCAGCAAGUUUCCAUUGGCGCUAAAACCAAGGCCUCUAAUAGAGACUAAUGCAGUGUUUUGUCAUUGAUGAAGCACUGGUUUGAAUGCAGUAUUGGGUGUGUUUUGCACAGCUUUCUAAGAUCCACUUGCCUGGUUUUGUAGUUUUCACCCUAGACUUGUCUCAGUCAAUAAAAGCAUUGUUGUGAGCUAUACAAAUUGGUACAAUGUAAUAUUUGGCUGCUGUGUUGUGUACACAGAGCAGAUAUCAAUGUAUACAAUCAUUUAUUUGGCAUGUCACAAAGUACCUAUUUUUAUUUUGUCACAGUGUGAACUUGCCCUAGUGACCUAUACCAAAGAGACAUUGUGCAUUUCCGGUCUGUUAUAUCCUAAAAUUACUUUGAAGAUAAGUGUGCUUGUACUUUACAGAACGUCGUGAAUGGAAACAGCUGCAGUGAGACAUCCAAUGUUCUUGUGUGGGUAGUCUUCAUGCACUGGCCGUUAUCUCUAACAACAUGUUUACAGUAAUAACAGAUAGGCCGUCGUGUCCGAGGCACAUCCUUGACACACAGGGUCGCCACCGUGCGUUGAGUGAUGGUGCAGUUUUAUCUGCGAGGUGACGAGCCCGUGGCCUUGUACGACUGGGACUAUAAAGGGGCAGAAAAAGCCAGCCGCUCCUCAGAUACCACAUUUACUUCACUGUGCCCUUAUUUCACUCGUAGUCCUUCAUUCGUUAGGAGGAAUUUCAUAAUGUUGCCUGCGACGUUCAAACUGUGUGCUGGCAUUUCUUACAGGCACAUGAGAAACAUGACAGGUCUGAGAAAGAAUGCAAUGAUUGCAAUCCAUCAUGAGCUGAACAAGCUUUCUGGCCCGGGGCCCAGUGCCUGGAUCAGGCACGUCCGAAGAAGGAGCUCCCUGCUAAGCAGUCGGAUUGAAGAGGAGACGUACAAUGAGGCUGAGCAGUGUUAUGUGCAGCAGGGACAAGAAGCUCUGCAGAAGUCUAUCAGCAUCCUCAGUGACCAGGAUGGCUGGCAAACCGAGAUUGAGACUGCCAAUGGAGAUAAGGUGAUGAGUAAAGUAUUGCCAGACAUAGGGAAGGUUUUCAAACUAGAGGUGGUAUUGGAACAGCAAACUGAUGAUCUUUAUGAAGAGCUGGUGGAGAACAUGGAACAAAUGGGGGAGUGGAACCCCAAUGUCAAACGAGUCAAGAUCCUUCAGAAAAUCGGUCCGGAGACUAUGAUCACACAUGAGGUUUCGGCCGAGACACCUGGGAAUGUGGUGGGCCCUAGAGACUUUGUUAGUGUCCGCUGUGCUAAACGAAGAGGAUCCACGUGCUUCCUGGCCGGGAUGUCCACUCAGCACCCGGGAAUGCCUGAACAGAGAGGAUUUGUAAGGGCUGAGAAUGGACCCACCUGUAUCGUGAUGCGACCGAGUGCAGAUGAUCCCAAUAAGACAAAGUUUACUUGGUUGCUCAGUUUAGACCUGAAGGGUUGGAUCCCAAAGACCGUCAUCAACCGGGUACUCUCGCAGACCCAGGUGGAUUUUGCAAACCAUCUCAGACACAGAAUGACAUCUGGUGGAGAAGCAGUCAUUGCUUGCUAACAUCCAAGCUGAGACCCCCUAAAACACUGACGCCAUAACAUCCAAGCUCUCGACACCAUCUCCCAAACAAUGACCGCUAUUCUUAGCAUAGCGUACACUUUUAAUCUCUGCGUUACACUUUACAGGUUCAUGAUUAAGGUUCAUUUUAACGUACCGUUUCCUAAAGCAUGGAAGUUUAAGUGGUCCACUAAAUAUGCUGCUGUUUGUUUGAUCCAUUGCAUUUAGAAUAAGAAAUGACUGCAUUGUUCUGUUGUCAUUGGACUUUGUAUGCACAUAAUUGUGAUGAAUCAAAAAUGCUUUGCAGGGGUAACUGGGUCAUCGCAAUGUAGUUUUGGUAUGCUGGCAGAGUUUCAAUGAUUUUAAACUUGAAUUAGUCAACUAGUAUCACUGUCAGCUCAAUAUUGUGGCUCAUACUUCCUCUUACUCUUUCCUACUUCUGCAAAUUCCCUGUAAUAAUCCCCUCCACUAUAGGGCUUAUAGUUCCUAUUUUUAUUAUUAUUUGUAUAAAUUAAAAAGAGAAGUAUUUAUUUUAAGUUAAUAUUAUCGCAUCACCCUGUAACAGGA